AACGUGGUUGUCUUAUCUCUGCAGAGAUUAGAGAGAGAGAGAAUGGGGAAGACCAUGGCGGUGGGAGUACACUGCAUCAUUGCCUUGCUAAUUCUGUCCGGUGCGGAUCUAGUCAGGUCCGACGGGUCGGAUCAUCGGUACAAGGAAGGAGAUUUUGUCCCUCUGUAUGCCAACAAGGUCGGCCCGUUUCAUAACCCCAGUGAAACGUACCGAUACUUUGAUCUCCCAUUCUGCUCACCAGAUGCGGUGAAAGAGAAAAGGGAAGCUCUUGGUGAAGUAUUGAACGGGGAUCGUUUAGUCAGUGCCCCUUACAAACUUGAGUUCCUAAGGCAUAAAGAUACCGAAGUAGCUUGCAAGAAAACACUCACAAAGGAAGAAGUAGCCAGGUUCAGAUCUGCUGUCAACAAGGACUAUUACUUCCAGAUGUAUUAUGACGACUUGCCCAUUUGGGGUUUCAUAGGGAAGGUUGACAAGGAAGGCAAAGACCCGAGCGAGUACAAGACCUACCUUUAUAAGCACAUUCAUUUUGAUCUCUAUUAUAACAAGGACCGCGUGAUUGAAGUCAAUGUUCGAACAGAUCCAAAUGCACUGGUUGACCUUACAGAGGAUAAAGAAGUUGAUGUUGAAUUCAUGUAUACUGUGGAGUGGAAGGAAACAACCACUCCUUUCGAUAAGAGGAUGGAUAAGUAUUCUCAGUCCUCAUCCUUGCCUCAUCAUUUGGAGAUCCACUGGUUCUCAAUUAUAAAUUCAUGCGUGACAGUUCUCCUCUUGACUGGGUUUCUUGCUACAAUUCUCAUGCGAGUGCUUAAGAAUGAUUUUGUCAAAUAUGCCCAUGAUGAAGAAGCAGCUGAAGACCAGGAAGAGACGGGAUGGAAAUACAUCCACGGAGAUGUAUUUCGGUUCCCCAAAUACAAGUCCUUGUUUGCAGCAGCUCUAGGUUCAGGAACCCAACUAUUUACUCUUACGGUGUUCAUUUUCAUACUCGCACUUGUUGGUGUGUUUUAUCCAUACAACCGAGGGGCUUUAUUUACUGCUCUGGUUGUCAUUUAUGCACUCACUUCAGGAAUUGCAGGCUAUACUGCUACGUCAUUUUAUUGUCAGCUAGAGGGAUCAAACUGGGUUAGGAAUCUAUUGUUGACGGGUUGCCUCUUCUGUGGACCUCUCUUCCUCACAUUCUGCUUUUUGAAUACUGUUGCAAUUGCUUAUACGGCCACCGCUGCCCUUCCAUUCGGCACAAUUGUGGUUAUAGUUCUGAUAUGGACACUUGUAACAUCACCUUUACUGGUGUUAGGUGGGAUUGCUGGGAAGAACAGCAAAGCUGAGUUCCAAGCCCCUGUUCGCACCACUAAAUAUCCCAGAGAGAUUCCACCUUUACCUUGGUACCGGGCAACAAUCCCUCAAAUGGCAAUGGCCGGUUUUCUGCCUUUCAGUGCUAUAUACAUUGAACUGUACUACAUAUUUGCCAGUGUAUGGGGUCACAGGAUUUACACCAUUUACAGCAUCUUGUUUAUUGUGUUUAUCAUUCUUCUGAUCGUUACUGCUUUCAUUACUGUGGCAUUGACAUAUUUCCAACUUGCUGCCGAGGACCAUGAGUGGUGGUGGAGGUCUUUCCUCUGUGGUGGGUCUACUGGACUAUUUAUCUAUGCGUAUUGUUUGUAUUACUACUACGCACGCUCGGAUAUGUCAGGAUUCAUGCAAACGUCGUUCUUCUUUGGUUACAUGGCAUGCAUCUGCUACGGUUUCUUCCUCAUGCUUGGGACUGUAGGCUUCCGUGCAGCUUUGCUUUUUGUCCGUCACAUAUACCGGUCCAUCAAGUGUGAAUAGUAGCCUGUUCCCCAAGAAUCAUCGGACAUGGCUUCUUGUGUUUGUCGACUCACAGGCACCUUUGUAGAGAAGUUUGGUCAAAUUGGUUUUGUAAGUGCCUCGUGUACUAAAGCUGUAGUCAUGAGAUAUGUAUGCAUCCGGAGCAAUAUGUUAGAUCACAAUUUGGGCGACUAUAUUCACAGUGACAAGUUUGUAUCACUACAUUUGUUUCUUUUGCAAUACAUUCUUUAAAUAUAUUCUCUCCUCAUA